AUUAUUAUUACUGUUAGUAUAGACACGUGUUUUUUGAUUGAUAAAUGAUUGUCAUUAUCAUCGACGCGGUGACCACUGACUGACCAUCACUAAGAAAGUCUCGCACAACAAACCAACAAAAAUGUCGACAACAACAGGACAGACAUCGGCGACGGCGGUGGCGACGACAGCCGUCAAUUGGCGCGAAAGACAUCAACAGAUCCGCGAAUGGAAGCGCCAGAAAAAGGCGGACAAACAACGAAAACUGUUGGCCAAAACUGGUGCCGUCGUCGACGACGACGGAGCCGCCGAUACUACUAAUGGUGUGACCACUAAUGAUGCGACAACAGACACGACGGCAGCGGCGUCGGCGUCCGAGUCUAUGGAUAUUACGACUACUGGCGCCGAAACAUCGACAACGACCACCGAUUCGGGCCGCCAAUGGACGGCCAGUAUUGCCGUACCGUUUAGUAUUGUCGAGAAUGCCCAGUCGGCCGAACUGAAAGCUUAUUUGAUUGGUCAGAUCGCCCGAUCGUUGGUUGUAUUCAAUAUCGACGAAAUUGUCGUCUUUGACGAAUACUGUUCACAACAGCCGCCGAUUACCGAUUCCACUGACAAUAGUCUACAGUAUGACAAACGCCGGUCAGCGAUGGUUCAGAUGAUCCGUAUAUUGCAAUACCUCGAGUGUCCGCAAUAUUUACGGAAAUAUCUGUUUCCUUUGCAAAAAGAUCUUCAAUACGCCGGACUAUGCAAUCCAUUGGAUUCGACACAUCAUUUGAAAACAGCGGACACAGAUUGCCGCUAUCGUGAAGGUGUGGUCACCAAUAAGCCGGCACAGGAGGGCCGCGGAUCGCACGUGUAUAUUGGUCUACAACGUGACGUACAGAUAGAUAGAUCGCUUCGACCGAACGUACGGGUAACGGUCCGAUUGGCCGACAAUUGUGAUCUCCGGCGUAGUAAACGGCUGAAAGGUGUGGCCGUAUCGCCGGACGAACCCCGCGAACUUGCCGGUCUGUACUGGGGUUAUCAGAUACGGGUGGCCAAAUCGUUGUCGGCAGUCUUUGGCGAAUCGCCGUACGCUGGCGGCUACGAUCUGACCAUCGGUACGUCGGACAGGGGCGACAAUGUGGACAAACACUUGAGACAAUUGCCUAAACGGUUCAAUCAUUUGUUGGUAGUGUUUGGCGGAUUGAAAGGUAUCGAAGCGGCUCACGAUUCAGAUGAAUCGUUGUCCAGUGUUGAGGACACUCGCGAUCUGUUUGACCACUAUUUGAAUACCUGUCCCAAUCAGGGAUCCAAUACUAUCAGGACAGAGGAAGCAAUUUUGAUAACAUUGUCAGCACUGAGGAAACGGCUUCUCCGAUGAAUAACAAGAAAUCAAUUUUUUUAAAUACAAUUAGUUUUAAAAUAUAUUUUUUAAUAAUAAUAAGUUA